UUAGGUGGAUGCAGGUCAUUUAUAGGUUUAGAUGGUUGUCACAUAAAGCACAGAUUUGGUGGGCAAAUCUUAUCUGCCACUGCCAAGGAUGCAAAUGACAACAUUUUUCCAGUAGCCAUGGCUGUUGUGGAACAAGAAACCAGGGAGUCUUGGAUAUGGUUUUUGGAAAUUUUUGCUGAUGAUAUAGGGAGGCCAGAGGAGCUUCAGUUGGUCUUCAUUUCUGAUAGGCAAAAGGGGCUUAUACCUGCAAUAGAGACACUAUUCCCUACCGUGGAGCAUAGAUACUGUGUGAAACACAUCUACAACAAUUUCAAAGUUGAUCACAAGGGAUUGGAGCUGAAGGAUGCAUUGUGGAGGUGUGCUGCUGCCACAACAGUAAGGGAGUUUGAGAGAUGCAUGCAGUACAUAAGGGAUUUGGAUGAAAAGGCAUAUGAGUAUCUUGCAAACAUUGCACCUGCACAGUGGACAAGGUCACACUUCACUCCUAGGGCCUUAACAGAUUGUUUGGUAAAUAAUUUGAGUGAGUCUUUUAAUGCAAUGAUAUUGAAGUCUAGGGACAAGCCUAUCUUGGCAAUGUUGGAGUGGAUUAGGGUUAGACUUAUGACUAGACUUUACACAAAAAGGGAAGGGAUACAGAAGUAUGCUGGAAAGUUGUGUCCAAGCAUACAAGAUAGGUUGGAGAAAUUGAAGGUUGAAAGUAAGGCAUUUAGUGCUACCCCAGCUGGUAGUUUCCUUUAUGAGGUAGGCAGUCAGUAUGAGAGGCAUGUAGUUGAUUUGGUGAAGAAGACAUGUAGCUGUAGGUCUUGGGAUUUAAAUGGCAUUCCCUGCAAACAUGCCAUAACAGCCAUUUAUACAAACAUUGAGACACCAGAAGACUAUACCCACCCAUGCUACUUCAAAGAAACUUACAUGGAGAUAUACAAGGAGGUACUUCCUCCCAUGCCUGGCCAGUCAGAAUGGGCUGAGACUGGACAGCCUGCUCCCCUGGCACCUCACAUAUACAAACCACCAGGCAGACCACCCAAGCAAAGAAAGAGGGCUUCUGAUGAGCCUAGGAACCCUUACAAAGCAAGUAGACAGAACAGACCUGUAAGAUGUGGGAAAUGCAAAAAGGAAGGGCAUAACUCAAGAGGGUGCAAGGCUGGCAUCACUGGGGAGACACCAUGGCAGAGGAGACAGAGACUUCAAAGAGAAAAAGCUGCAAGGGAAGGGGUGCCUGCACCUAGAUCUGCACCUCAGCCACCAUCCCAGCAGCCUACCCAGACCUACAACAUGAUGUCUGCCACUCAGCCUUCAUCCUCACAGCAAGGAAAUCAACCUAGGCCAUCUCACAAGAGAGCAGGAUGGUUCUCUUCCUCACAAACAGAGUUUCACACACCUAGGGAGACCUGGGAUACCUUACCAAGUUCUUCACAGGUAACUUAGUCCUGGAUGGUUGUGUAGCUUGGGAUAUUUUUUAACAAGUGGAUCUAUUUUUUAUUUUGUAGCCUUCACAUGCAAGUGGGAGCACUGGUGGUGUGAGGACUAGAGGACAGCUUGCUGCACAAAGGCCACCAAAAAUGAAUCCAGUGGGUGGAAAGAGGAAAG